UCUGCCGUUUCGUCGGCAUCCGUGCUCUAUCAUCUCCUUUCCAUCCUCUUCUCGCCCCAAAUUAGCAGAGAAGCCGCCCGCCCGCGCCUGGAGCUCGCGCCGCCCGCUCGCUCGCCUCCCUCCGCUGAGCUAGAGGCUGCCCCACCGACGCCGUAUCCGACGCCGCCGGGGGCGGGUGGUCGGCGUGACCGCCGCGCUCCUCGCCGUGAGCUGUAAGAUCUGAGCUAGCUGCUGCUGUGUAGGGUCUUGCAGGGUUAGGGUUACCUGGUUUGGUUGGGUGCUGAGGCGGGCGUCCAUGGGCGGGUCCAAGUUUGGGUCGUUCAAGUCGGAGAAUAAGGGGGACUCGGCGGCGGUCGGGGCGGUGGUGGCGCAGAGGAGGGACCCGUACGAGGUGCUGGGGGUGGGCCGCAAUGCUACGGAGCAGGAGAUCAAGAGCGCCUUCCGCCGCAUGGCCCUCAAAUACCAUCCUGAUAAGAAUGCAGAUGACCCCGUUGCCUCAGAGAAGUUCCAAGAAGCCACAUUCUCUUACAACAUCCUGUCAGAUCCAGAUAAAAGGCGUCAAUACGAUACCUCGGGAUUCGAGGCCAUCGAAGCAGAUAGCCAUGAACUGGAGCUGGACCUAUCAAGUCUCAAUACUGUAAAUACAAUGUUUGCUGCUCUGUUUAGCAAGCUAGGAGUACCAAUCAAGACCACUGUUUCAGCAACAGUUUUAGAGGAGGCAUUGAAUGGCUCAAUUGAGAUUUCUCAGCUUCAUCUGGGCAAAUCUCAAUGUAGGAAGGUGGAAAAACAAUCUGCUCAUUUUUAUUCAGUGGACAUAACAGACGAAGAAGCCAGAUUGGGGUUAGUAUGUAGAGUACGUUCAACCGCUAAAAGUAAAUUCAAGUUGCUCUAUUUUGAACCUGAAGAGAACGGUGGGUUAAGUCUUGCUUUGCAGGAAGAUAGCGCAAAGACCGGAAAAGUUACUUCUGCUGGGAUGUUUUUUCUUGGCUUUCCAGUGUAUCGUUUUGAACAAAACCAUUCUGCUGCUGCUGCAAAGGAUCCCGAUAGUGCAUUCUUUAAGAGAUUGGAUGGCUUUCAACCAUGUGAAGUUAAUGAGCUGAAAGCAGGGACCCAUUAUUUUGCUGUUUAUGGCGAUAAUUUCUUCAAAAGUGCAACCUAUACCUUAGAGGUUGUAUGUGCUAAACCCUUUUCCGAUGAAAAGGAGAAGCUCCGAAACGUUGAAGCAAAGAUACUUGCAAAACGAUCGGAGCUGUCCAAAUUUGAGUCCGAAUACAGGGAGGUUUUAGCAAAGUUCACUGAGAUGACCAGCAGAUAUGCUCAAGAAAUGCAGACGAUUGAUGAGCUUCUUAAUGAAAGGAAUGCAAUUCAUGCAUCCUACACCAACAGCCCAAGUCUACAGCGGAGUUCCAGUGGCGGCAAAGGGAAAACAUCCCCAAAAGGGUCCAAAACCGGUGUUGACCAAGCUGUGAAGAAAGGGAAGAAAUCAAAUGGUCGGUCCAUGGAGGCAUCGGUAAGCGACGAAGAGGGCCCGAAAAAGGAAAAAAAACCAAAAGAGCGGCUUCGUAGGAAGAAAUGGUUCAACGUUCAUUUGAAAGUGGACAAGAGGAGACCCUGUUGAGAAAUGUAAAGUAUUGUAUGUGUGUAUUAUCUUGUUCUGACGAUGGCACUCGGGGUAUUCACCCUUUCCUGUCUUCUGCUCCUGUUUCUAGGCACUCCCUACAACCUAGUGCUACCAGGAAAUAGCAGGGAUCUUGUUUUGACCUCCGGAAAGAUAAGCCCUCGCUAUUAUCUUUUCUCCCUUGUGCUGUACCGAUUUUUUUCCUGGAAAGUCAGGAACCUCAGAAGUUUUAGAAAUGUUGUAAAGAUUAAUGUAUGUGUAGCAUUUUUUGGGGUCCCUUAA